UGCAAGGGGAUGACCUUAUGGAAUGGAGCAAGAACAGGUGAACGGCAACGUCAGUGUGUGAGGGCCUUGGACGAUGAAAACAGCCUGCUCCUUACGUUCAUGAAGUUGCGGCUGGAUUGUCCUAACGAAGACCUGGCUCAGAGGUUUUCAAUCAGUGCAGGUACUGUGAGCCGCAUCUUCACCUCGUACCUCAUGGUCAUGUACCACGCCUUCAAGUCCGCACAGCUACCCGCCUGGCCGUCUAGAGCGCAGAUCGAUGCCGCUAUGCCCCAGAAGUUCCGCGACCUAUACCCCACCACACGCACUAUAAUCGAUUGCACCGAGUUCCCCAUCCAGAUUCCCUCCGACCCCGACACUCAGAGAGUCACCUGGUCAACGUACAAGAAUAGAAACACAUUCAAAGCUCUAGUUUGCAUCACACCCAGUGGAGCUAUCUCGUUCAUCUCUUCCCUGUAUGGUGGGUCAGUUUCUGACCGUGAAAUCACCAAGACGUGUGGAGUGCUGGAUUUGAUGGACGAAGGUGACUCAGUCAUGGCGGACAAAGGAUUCACAAUCAAGGAACUCUGUGAAGAACGGGGUGCCUAUGUCAACAUACCACCGUUCAUCAAGAAUGGCCAACAGCUGACCGAAAAGGAGUUGGUGCAGACCCGCCGCGUUGCCUCGCUACGCGUUCAUGUAGAACGUGCUAUCGAACGAAUAAAGAACUUUCACAUCCUGGAUUUUAUUCUAUCCGCUCACUUUGACAUUGCUGAUGCCAUAGUUCUGGUUUGCUGUGUGGUUGCCGAUUUUGGUGCGCAGCUCAUUACAUAGCUUCCUUCCAUUUCUUGCUGCACCGUUACUGCUCAAUGCGUUCAGUUACUGACAGGUUCAUGAUGGCCUGUCCCAGUGUUUGCUUCUGUGAGC